AUGGCCACCUUAGCAUCCAUUAGAAGUAACUGCCGCAAGGUGAUAUGCAUUGGCCGCAACUACGCCGACCACGUCACAGAACUUAAUAAUCAACGCCCCAAACAACCCUUCUUCUUCCUCAAACCCUCCUCCUCCAUCCUCCUCCCCAGCGAAGGCCCCGUCCUGCGCCCUUCAGGCGUGACGCUACACUUCGAAAUCGAGCUCGGCCUCGUCAUCGGCAAAACCGUGCGCGACUUGAAAGAAUCCGACGCCAGCUGGCAGGACGCCAUCUCCCACUACCUCCUCUGCAUCGACAUGACCGGGCGCAACGUCCAGAACGAGGCGAAGAAGAAGGGGUAUCCGUGGAGUAUUGCUAAAGGGUUCGAUACGUUUUUGCCGCUGGCGGGGCCGAUUGCGAAGGAGAAGAUUAAGGAUCCGCAUGAUGUGGAACUGUGGUUGAGUGUGAAUGGGGAUGUCAAGCAGCAGGAUUCGACGGAGUUGAUGCUGUUUCAGAUUCCGAGGCAGUUAAGCGAUAUUAGCAAGGUGAUGACGUUGGAGCAAGGGGAUAUCGUCUUGACGGGGACGCCGAAGGGGGUGGGCCCCGUAGUGACGGGGGAUGUUAUGGAGGCGGGGAUGAGGAUUGGGGGAAAGGAGGUUGAGGAGGCGAAGAUGAGGGUGGAGGUCAAGGAUCGGGGUGGUGAUUAUGAGUAUGCUGAGACUUGA